AUGCCAAGUGUUGCUAUGUCGACCAAACUUGAAAUUGAUCAAAUAAGCAGAGGGUUCUGUGCAGAUAGAGUCGUAGGAGGUUCAGAUGCUGCUGAUGGUGCAUAUCCUUAUCAAGUUGCUUUAGAGAUAAGAAACUCACUUUUCUGCGGAGGUUCAAUCAUAGACAACUCAUGGAUACUGACAGCAGCCCACUGCCUAGACAGACUAACGCCAGAAAAAGUCAAAGUAGUUGCUGGAACAUCAAUUUUGAAAAAUGGCACGGGACAAGAAUUCGAAGUAGAAAGUUUGAAGAUUCACGAAAACUACAACUCGAAAAACGUCACUAACGAUAUUGGAUUAAUAAAACUGAAGAAAUCCAUCGAAUUCAAUGAUAAAAUGAAGAGUAUUCCAUUGGCGGACAAGGAAACAAGAGGUGGAAGAAGAUUAACUCUAACUGGAUGGGGUAAAACUAGGUAUCCUGGUGAAACAACAACUAAACUUCAGAAGAUAGAGCUACUGUCAGUAAACGAUUCUGAUUGCGCUACAAUUUACUCUGGCAGAGUAGAUAAAAGAAACCUCUGCACGUUAGGUAUACCUGGAAGAGGAGCCUGUCAGGGGGAUUCCGGUGGUCCAUUGGUUCUAGAUGGCAAACAAGUUGGAGUGGUAUCUUGGGGUAUAGCAUGUGCCAGAGGAAUGCCUGAUGUAUUUACUGAUGUCUACAGUUUCAAAGAUUGGAUUGAACAGAACAUAAAGUCUGAAGUCUAA